CGUAAUUUAUGGAAAGCCCACGAGCCCACGGUGUGUGCGCAAGAGUUAAUUGAAAUGUUACAUAACGUCGUUUCCCCUCUUUGUGCGCGUCGUCGACAGCGUGGCGAAUUUGUAGCAGGAAAAUUACGAAUUAACGCGCUCAAUGAACCUAAUUAGUGGAAAAUCGUUAUUGAUACGAAGUACCCAGCAUCCAACGCAUACACACAUACUUAUAUCAAAUUGUCAAAGUUACCCUUCCAUUGUUUCAUUUUCGUGCCUUCUCUUUAUUUUUUCUUGAAUUUUCACCCCUCACUUUUUUCACGUGCCUCAACCAACAGAAGCGAAUCGCAGCUACCACAGUACGAUACACGCGACGCGACAGAAGUUCACGCAACUUUUCACUGUGUGGAAAAUAUGGAUACAAGAACUCAUAAGGAGCAGCCUUCGGCCUGGACAAACUUAUUCAAUCGAGACACCCCUUUCGCUUGGAUCGCAAAUCCAGAACUUACGAAAGUAACAGUGUUGCCAAGUACGAUUUGAAUUUUUGUCAAUUUCAUCCUAUACGACAGACGCUUCCACUUUGUCGUGUAUAAAAAAAAAAUAAUGUUUGACCGAUACGAAUUUUUAAUUCACGUCCGUCACUUCGUAAUGGGAAAUAAUGACUGGCAGAUGCGGUCAUGGCUCACCCUGCGAACAGCUGUGCUACGAACUUCACGAUGGGAUGUACGAGUGCGAUUGCAGGGACGGCUAUAUACUACACAAAAACGGCUACAGCUGCGCCGAGCUGAACUCUACUUCGCCGUCGACCAGCGAACUCAGUGAACUCAUUAACGAUAUCGAAAACGACGAACUCAAUCCCGAUCCUGAGGACGAGGAUUCUAUGGAGGAUAUUCUCUACAUGAGAGGAGCGUCCUUUACGAUACACCUGGAAUCACCACGGAACGAUACUAAUAUCAGUAGCACUGAUAGAGAAGAUGCUAAUGAGAUACUAGAUCAAGACAAGAACCUGCCCACGCCCCAA